AUGCCCUUUGCUCAGCUCGUCAUCGGACCCCCCGGAGCGGGGAAAUCGACGUACUGCAAUGGAAUGCACCAGUUUAUGGGGGCAAUCGGCCGCAAGUGCUCAAUCGUGAACAUCGACCCGGCAAAUGAUAAGACGUCCUAUCCAUGCGCGCUGGACGUGCGGGACCUGGUCACCUUGGAAGAGAUCAUGGAGGAGGACGCGCUUGGGCCGAAUGGCGGGGUUCUGUAUGCGCUGGAAGAGCUGGAGAAUAACUUUGACUGGCUGAAGGAGGGGUUGAAGGGACUAGGGGGUGAGCUUAUACUGCACGUUUCUGAAUAUAUUGUGUCUAAUGAGAAUCCUGGAGCAGAUGACUAUGUCCUGUUUGACUGUCCUGGUCAGGUCGAGCUAUUCACACACCACUCGUCACUGCGAAACAUAUUCUUUCAAAUAUCAAAACUGGGAUACCGAUUAAUAGUGAUCCACCUUGUCGAUUCAUACUGCCUCACCCUCCCGUCCAUGUACAUAUCCGCGCUCAUCCUCUCUCUAAGAUCGAUGCUCCAGAUGGAUCUCCCACACAUCAACGUGCUCACCAAAGUCGACAAUCUGACCAACUACUCACCGCUACCAUUCAACCUAGACUUCUACACCGAAGUGCAAGAUCUCAACUACCUUCUCCCGCAUCUACAGGCCGAAGAGUCGUCACGAUUCUCGCACGAGAAAUUCGGGCCCCUAAACAACGCCAUCGUGGACCUUGUCCAGGAAUUCGCCCUCGUCGCGUUCGAAACCCUAGCCGUCGAGGACAAGAAGAGCAUGAUGCAUUUGCUGCAAGUCAUCGACCGCGCAAGCGGCUACGCGUUCGGCCCCGCCGAGGGCGCGAAUGAUACGAUAUGGCAGGUCGCUGUGCGAGAAGGAUGGGGCAAUCUGGAAAUUCAGGAUGUGCAGGAGAGAUGGAUCGACGCUAAAGACGAGUACGAUGAGCAUGAGCGGAACCAGCUCGAAGCAGAGGCCAAGGAGAGAGACGCUGCAGCCCGUCGUGCCCAGGAGGAUGCCGAGGAGCUCGAGCUUCAGAAUAUGGUAUCUGCGGGGGGCAGCAAGGUUGUACGGAAAUAUUGA